AUGUACUAUAUAACAGGACUUUUGGCUGAAUAUCUGAUCUCCGAUGCACGCAAAUGGGAUCCGCUCUUGGUUUCGACGAUCUUAUCGAACGGCAACUUUACUUCCCGUCGAGAAGAAGUUGUAUCUGGGAUGACAUUCCAAGGUGUCCACGAUGAACAAGUCGAAUUGACUGUUCUGUUUGAUCCGCAGACUGACCUCCCAUAUAUCAUUCGCUCUUAUGAAGACCACCGCCUCUUUGGUCCUUCCACACAUGAUCUGAAGGUCUCGGAUUAUAUCACGGUAAAUGGAGUCCAACUACCUACACGUUUCAAGACGAUAUACAACAACAAGCACUUGCUUGGGGACUAUCGCGCUGACGAGGUCCUGGUGAACACCAAACUCUUGGGUAAUUUGUUCAGCGCGCCUGGUAACGGCACUAUACCUAGAGCAAGCAUUCCGAUUCGUGAUCCAGAAUACUCGUUUGCAGAGAUUGGAGAGCUUGCAGCGAUCCACCUUUGGGGUGGUGCCUAUCCUGGAUCACUGGAUGUCCUUGAAGCCACUCAACCUCUUGCAGAUGUGCCAGGUCUCUGGGAACUCAACAUCGCAGGUGGUAUGGGUAUGCGUCAAGCAGUUGUUGAGCUUGCAGAUGGGUCCGUAGUUGUCCUCGAUGCACCGCCGCAUCAGAGCAAAGUCAUCAUUGAGUGGGCUAACCAGACGCUUGGGAAGCCAGUAACUCAUGUUUGGCCGACACAUCAUCACCACGAUCACGCUUUCGGUGUCUCGGACUUUGUCGCAAAUGGGGCCAAGUUGAUCGUCCCCGAACAGGCUCUACACUACUACUCUGGGCUGAACCUCACAAGGAAUCAGGUCCUCACUUACAAGUUCGGCGAGCCUCUUGUGCUCAGUGAUAGCCAGACACAGUUGGCUCUUGUAGAUAUGCAAGCUACGAUACACGCUCACGAUCACGGUUAUGCCUAUAUUAGUUCUGCAUGCCCGACCUUAAAUAGUUCUACCGCGGUCUUUGAUGCUGACCAUGGAAACUUGAAUUUCAUCGAGGAGUUCGACCAUAAUGCAAUCGAAGAGCUUCUUGCGGCUCUAGCCACUGAUGGUGUUGCAGCGAAUGCGAAAUUCUUAGCCUCGCAUGGCCCAGCUGGAACUCUCCAAGAUCUUGUGAAUAUUACUGCUUAUAGUUAUCCAGACCAUUCGCCGUUAGACUUCAGUGGCAGCCAAUCAAGAUGUUCUUAA